CCGGGUACUCCUUUAUUUCAAGUAUUUGGUUCCGGGAGUUUUGAUAAUUCUGCAAUGGCUGCUGUUGCUGCAGUAUCGGACUGUGGAAUAAAGCCUCUCCAACAUGCUAUGAAACUUGCCAAUGUUGCUUUAGAACUGGACACUGAUAAUCGAGCUCAGGAGGCCUACUGUGAAUACUUGAAAACAAUAAAGUAUAUCUCAUUGACCUUACUGGAAGAUGCAGAGUCCAAAGGUGAGAAUGAAGUUGUGACACUGGACACCCAAAAGAUGUUAAAGCUGGCAGAACAGUGUUUGGAACGGGCCAAAUCAACUGCAUCUCGCCUUGAGGCUGGUUUCCAAGGUAAAGUGGAGGCCAGAUCACUUGUCAUGGAGACUGCCAAAUCCACCCACCGUCACACUCAUCGCAGGGUUCAGUCAGAUGGAGGACAACAGACUGCACUUUUCCUGCCUCCUGAGCUUUUCCAGAAGAUGCAGAUUGCUGAAAUACAUAAUGCUAAGAAAGAACUCACACCUUUAGAAGAGGCUUCUAGACAAAAUGAAAAGUUGAAGGCAGCCUAUGAAGCACGAAUGGCACGCCUUGCGCCCAGUCAGGCCAUGCAGAAAACAUCACUGACCUUGUCCCUUCAGCGCCAGAUGAUGGAAAACAUAGUUAUUGCCAAGGCAAGACAAGAGACUUUGCAGAGAAAAAUGGAAGAGAGACGCCUGAGAUUACAGGAAGAAGCAAACCGGAGGUUUUCUAGCCGUUCCCUGCUGACUCCAGAAGAACAGGAGCAGAGCACUUUGUAUGCCAGGAUGUUGGAAUAUGAACAAGACCAUGCAUGGGUAAAGGACUGGAAAAAUGCACUGAAGAAAAAUCCAAAUGACACUGCAUUAGUAGGAGGCUUGAUGUCUCACCUUCUCAGCUGUGCUGAUCAACCAAUUACUCAGCUUCUGAAGAAACUGCAGUAUGGUAUUUACAAUCGACUCUACCCUCUGGUGAGCAAGGGCAACAGUAACCCCUGGACCGAUGGUAGUGAGGAUGCCCAGUCCAGGUCAAACCAGCCAACAUGUCGAUUAAAGUCAUCAAAGAGCUUCCAUGGCAUGUCAUCUGUCUUAGAGAAGAACAAAGUCAAUGCUCAGAUGAUGAGACAUAGUGCAACCAUGAUGCCACUUAUAGAAGACCUGAAUGCAAACACCACUGCCAAGGAGGUGUGUAGCAGAGGGCAGGAUUUCUUGGGGCACCCUUUGAUUCAAGAUACUGCUGGAUCACUUGACAUGAACAGAGAGGAGUCAUUUGAAGAUCUGGAAAACUAUUUGAUAAAAUCUAAUUGUCCUUUAGCAAGUGCUGCUCUGCAGCCACAGUUUGAAGACCUCUCCAUCCCUUUCACAGAGGGACAAGUCUUCCAAGAAAACCUGAGGAGUACAGUUAGAGAAGUUCAUAAUGCUCUAGACAAACUGCUUUCAUUGUGCAUCCUGGCUUUUGAGCCCUUGAAUACCGUUUCAGCCAAAGAUCAUUGUAUGGUUUGCAUUGAAGAGGCAUUCUUUCCACCGAUUUGGCCAUUGCUCAUCACGCUCUUCAGGAGGGUGUAUGCAGAUAAAGAAGCAGCUUUGUCCAGGACGAUGAAGAUUUACAGGAAUGCAGGUCCGUCGGACAUGGGUGUUUCUUCAGAUCUCUUCCCUGCCAAGUCUGAAUCCGUCACUGGUUCGUAUCCAUAUGAGGCAGCAGUGCAGGAGUUGAGGUUAAUCACCAAAGAAUACUCUCCUCAGAAGAAGCUGGACUGCAUUGUGCGAGCACUACGUGUUAUAUGUGACUGUGCAGACACCUACUGUCCCCGCAAGCAGUCAGGAGGCCAUCAUGGAAAUGCAGCCAUUGGUGCUGAUGACCUCCUGCCUAUCUUGUCCUAUGUGGCUUUGAAGAGUGACCUGCCUCCACUGGUUUCAGAGUGUGCUGCACUUGAAGAUUUCAUUCACGAAGGGUAUCUGAUUGGUGAAGAGGGAUACUGUCUAACAUCUCUGCAGAGUGCUAUUGCGUACUUGGAAGCAUUACCUACUGAGCAUCACUGAACAAUUUGUUGGAUUUGUAACAGCAGUGAGACCGGACAUUUACAGGUAUCAGAAGAAAAUGAAAGUACGCCCAUGGAAGAUGUGUACGUUUGUGGAAAAGGGUCCUUCAUCCAUCCUGAGGGAUGAUGAACAUUACUGAUAGACCGCGGGAUACAGCUGCUACUUCUGAGAGAUCAACAGUCCCAUCUUUUAAUAAACAGCAGAGCAAUCUCAAACACAAAUGUGAAUGGACAGAAGGGAAUUUGCUUGGCAUCAUAUUUCAUUAAAUAAUGCCCAUCUUGCCAUUUUAUCUUUGAAUACCUGCUCUAAACAUCUUUUAGGGUCCUAGGUCAGAUAGCAUAGGGAGUUCUGCAGCAGUUAAACCAAAGUCCUAGGCACUUGUACCAGAAUGGCCAGCUAAUAGGUAACAUCCCCCUUCUGCCUUUAGCAUCUUGGGAAGUUAUUUAGGCAUUUCACCUAUAACAACUGUAAAAUAAUUUUAGGGGAUGAUCUUAUGUUAAUCAGGUUUUAAAUUUGCUGUGCUUCUGAGAUCUUUGUCAUGAUGCUAAGACAAGAGCAGGCCUUGUAACAACUCGUAAGGUGGUUCAGGUUUAUUUUUGAGUAGGUGUUCAGACGUUUUACUGCUUGGGGGUCUGAAUGCUAACUAAAAAGUAUCCCCUUGCUGUAAAUUUGAAAUAGGUCUGUACUAGCGAGAUGCAUAUUUUAAACUUUGUGUCAGUUAUUUUAUAUGAAAAUGAUUUUACUUUUUUUCAUUUGGUUCUAAAAAGUAAUAGUGAAGUAGUCACAUUUUACUCCCCUCCACGAAAUGUCAUUCUGUCCGUGAACUUCCUUUAUAAAUAUAAAAAAUACACUUUUUUUGUUAUGAAGGAUAUUUGUGCAAUUUUUUUACUGUGUAAAUGAAAGCAAACCUCCUACUGAGGCUGGUAUGUGAAUGCAAAACAGCCGUAUAGUAAAAUUUUGUAUAGUAGUAUACAUCGUCGUAUGAGUUUGGUUUGGAAUACUCAUCCUUGGUGCAGAUAAACAGGAAGGUAUAGAAACCCACUUAUGUCGUAUGAAAUACAACAUUGAUACGUUGCCAGUGUCCUUGUUUAAGUUAGUCCCAUCUUCAGUAUAGUAUAUUUGAGCCCUUAAUCUGAAAGGGUUUCCUGUCUUGAAGCAUUCCUAAAUUUUUAUGAAGUCUGUUAUGAUUUUUACCAUCUGUCAACUGUGAAGAUACUGGAAGGAAAUACAUUAUCUCAGGCUAACCACUUGGUAGUAUGUUGGGUAUCUGAAUCCAGGGAAUAUUUGUUGGGAAACAUUCCUCAGAAAAUGACAAAUGCAUCAAAUGCCUUCAGUCUGCCUUUGCAGGCAGGUUUCCGGACUAUAUCCAUUUUAAUCUAUAUGCUAGAAAUUCGGGUGAUGUGCAAGUACUGAUUUGGGCUUGUGUACAUUGAUGGUAUAUCAGCACCUUGAUUUUUUUUUUCUUGGACUCUAUUCCUUGAUGAAGCUACAGUAGCAGAAGAUAAAGCAUUGGCUGCAUUGUGACUUAAUGUACAGAAGUUCAGCUUUUGCCAUUAAUGCGUAGUUUACUGUUAUGAAAAAAAGUUUGAACUACAGGGAUUCAGUGCUUUAAUUAAAAAUAAGUGCAGAAAGAAAACUUGGACCUUUUAUUCAGAUAAUUUAGUAUUUCUGGUGUGGCCCUUGGGUUCAAAGCAUUGUCUCACAUGCCAGAACUGACCAUCCCAGGAGACUAAUUCUAGUUUUAGAACUAUUGUCUCAAUGGAGUGAUGUUUAGCAUAUGCUAGAAUAACUUUUUAAUAUAGAUAAAAUAGCUUGGCAAUAGUAGCGUAUGCAUUUGAGUGCAGUAGGAUGGAGAACCAUACCAGUUUUAGACUUGCCCUUGAGUAGGAUAGUUUUCAACUUAGCAAGCAUCUGUGUUUUGCAGCCCUGUACAGAUUUCUGUGAUCUUUUAUUUGUACAUCUUCUUUUAUGGCAACACACUUGAAUAAAAAAAAUAGACUUCUCCAGUUCAGUAGAAACUGUCCUGUUUGUGACAGACAUCUGUAGGAAUUUCCUCUUUUUUUAAGCUGAGUAAGCUUGUUACUUGUAUUAUUUUAAACUUGGUUCUGGAACAUUGUGCAGGUUCAUUCCAGAUGGUAUCGAAUGUGAGUUUGGUGUUUAGCCCUUGGUGCAAGAAUAGCAAGCAGGUGGUCACCCCUCAGAAUUUGUUUUCUCCUGCAUCCUCAUACAUCCACAAAGUUAAGGUGGAUCACUUACCAGAAAUCCUUAAGUGCUUUGUAUCCUCUCACUGACUCUGAAGGGUACAGUUAGUGCUGUGUAUCCUCUCACUGACUCUGAAGGGUACAGUUAGUGCUGUGUAUCCUCUCACUGACUCUGAAGGGUACAGUUAGUGCUUUGUAUCCUCUCACUGACUCUGAAGGGUACAGUUAGUGCUUUGUAUCCUCUCACUGACUCUGAAGGGUACAGUUAGUGCUUUGUAUCCUCUCACUGACUCUGAAGGGUACAGUUAGUGCUUUGUAUCCUCACACUGACUCUGAAGGGUACAGUUAGUGCUUUGUAUCCUCUCACUGACUCUGAAGGGUACAGUUAGUGCUUUGUAUCCUCUCACUGACUCUGAAGGGUACAGUUAGUGCUUUGUAUCCUCUCACUGACUCUGAAGGGUACAGUUAGUGCUUUGUAUCCUCUCACUGACUCUGAAGGGUACAGUUAGUGCUUUGUAUCCUCUCACUGACUCUGAAGGGUACAGUUAGUGCUUUGUAUCCUCACACUGACUCUGAAGGGUACAGUUAGUGCUUUGUAUCCUCUCACUGACUCUGAAGGGUACAGUUAGUGCUUUGUAUCCUCUCACUGACUCUGAAGGGUACAGUUAGUGCUUUGUAUCCUCUCACUGACUCUGAAGGGUACAGUUAGUGCUUUGUAUCCUCUCACUGACUCUGAAGGGUACAGUUAGUGCUUUGUAUCCUCUCACUAACUCUGAAGGGUACAGUUAGUGCUUUGUAUCCUCUCACUGACUCUGAAGGGUACAGUUAGUGCUUUGUAUCCUCUCACUGACUCUGAAGGGUACAGUUAGUGCUUUGUAUCCCCUCACUGACUCUGAAGGGUACAGUUAGUGCUGUGUAUCCUCUCACUGACUCUGAAGGGUACAGUUAGUGCUUUGUAUCCUCUCACUGACUCUGAAGGGUACAGUUAGUGCUUUGUAUCCUCUCACUGACUCUGAAGGGUACAGUUAGUGCUUUGUAUCCUCUCACUGACUCUGAAGGGUACAGUUGGUGCUUUGUAUCCUCUCACUGACUCUGAAGGGUACAGUUAGUGCUUUGUAUCCUCUCACUGACUCUGAAGGGUACAGUUAGUGCUUUGUAUCCUCUCACUGACUCUGAAGGGUACAGUUAGUGCUUUGUAUCCUCUCACUAACUCUGAAGGGUACAAUUGGACUAGUUUACAAAGUCUGCUUGCUUCUCUUCUGACAAGUAGAUGCUAAGAAGUUGAAAUGGGCUGUUGUAUGCUUAAAUGUACAGAUGGGCAUAUAUUGUCGAAGACAAAUAAGGGCAGUUAUCUUUAGAGGACCUUUAAAGUGCUUUAGAGAACAGAGCCACAGACUGUGUCACGUGGCUUAAGGGCAGAGACAAUUAUAAUCAUUUGCCUUCCCAGAGCAGCAUAAUGCAUAUAAUCUGCCUUUUGGCAAGCAUUACAUUUUAGACAGCAAUGCCUUUGGGGUCUUUAAAGCUGGUGAAAAAUGUUUAGUCUGCAAGAUCCAGAAAGGUGGUCUCUGUCCGUGAGCUAUGUACAUUUUAGCAGUAUGUCUGUCAGUGCACAAGUCUAAGCAUUCUGCUUUUUGAAGAGUUAUUUUUAAAGUUUUAAGUUAUGAAGAAAUGUUUUUGUAAAUUCCUUUACUGUUCAUUUACAGUUGUGCAGUUCUGAUGUACUUGCUGACUUAGUAAAUCUUGUUGGUUUAGCAAUGUGAAUGUAAUUGGGGGAAGGAGUCUUACGUUGUGGUAAGAAUCAUUUCUGUUUGGAAAGUAGAUGUAAUAAAGAAUCCACAUGUAAAGAAGUCUCUACCUUGUAAGUUUGGCUUGAAAUUCUGAAACUGAGGUCCCAUCCAAAGUAAGGUAGUUCUGCAAAACGUGGGUAUUGGCGUGUAUAUUAGGAGACUAUUUGGGUUGAUUUUACAGCAAGUUGAUGUCUCAUCUUAAAAAUGGGUUGUAGAUGCUAAAGUAACCAUUUAUAUGGCGGGUGUUUGCUAUAGGAGGUGUACUGAAAUUGGGCAUCAUGUUUUUUAAUGGAAUCAUAGUACUUGGAAUUCAGUGAGCAAGUUUGGUGCUGGGUGCCUCCGCUGAAACUGAAAAGUUCAUUUACAAAGACUAUUCAUUGGUGUUUAAAAAGAAUCUGGCACGUGGAGAGCCUUCAGUAACAGUGAUCAUGGAAAUGUAAAAUGUUAGUUCUUCCUAUACAUUUGCCUUUAGAGCACUGGCCAAUCCAGUUUGUAUCUCACUUGCUUUGUCUAGGAGUUGAAAUCGCGCAUGCAUUGCAUGUAGCAAUUUUGUCACCAGGUAGUUGGGCCUACUGUAUAGCCCCUGAUAUGGUAUAAAACUGCAUGUGGAAUGUUAGUGCCUUAUUUCAGGUUAAUGUGAGGUGCCACAUUUAUACUGGUCUCCCACUCUCCAAUGAGAAACCAUUUGGUACUAGCUAAUAUGUGGUACUAUGUGAGAACAUUGUAACAUCUGUCAUGUAGAGCAUGUAACAUCUGUCAUGUAGAGCAUGACAAACUUCAAGAGCAGUCAAUACUGGAAUUAUUUCAUCAGAACCCUAAACUGAGGAGUUAUAUUCCAAGGAGCAACUAAGUUUCACUGGGGUAGCAUCACUUCCUGUGACCUGAUUUUUAGUGGGUAAGCAUGGGUGUAAAUGUGUUGGCCAGUUGAGAGGCAGGAGAUAGAGAUGCAUGAAUAAACAUGAUGUAUCUAGCUAUCAAAAUAGACAAAAAUACUGCACAUAUCUUAAUUCCUUCCAUAUCUAAAUCCUAUCUUAUUGCAGAUAAGUCAGACUAUGAAUUCAUAUUAAAACAAAAGGACUAAAUUUUAGUACCAUUGAGUUUGGCUUUUAUCUGGUGGACUACUACACUUUAGCAUCAGUACUUCGCAGAGGUGUUUGCAACAUUAAUGCAUUCUUAUGUUUCAUUACUAAUGUAAAGCUAGCAAUCUUUGUAUUAACAGCAAGACUUGCAAAAUGUACCUCAUCAGUCAUCAAUUUGCAUUUUUGUGUGAAAUCUGCAUGUUUCCAAGUAUAUAAUCAUGUAUCAUAGUACAUAUUUAUAAAAUGAGUUUUAAUCAUCUAGUUUGAAAUACAUGACUGAUUCCACUAAUUAGAACAAAUUCCCCUUUAUUUUGCCCUUUCAACUUUUCAGUUUGUAAUACUUCAGGCAUAGUGAGCACAAACUCUGGAGGCAGAAAAUGAGUUUGUACAUCUGUCCCAUUAAUACUGUAAUUCUUUCCCUGGCCUAUAAAUGCAAUUCUUUCCCUUUAUGGGAGUAAUACAGUCUGGGAGCUGGUAGACCAAAUGGUUGUACUUGGUAUCUCUCUAAGAGAAGCUUGUGUUAGGUAGUGUCAAGGAUUCAAACUACUGAUAUUUGCCCUUUGCAUGGAAGAGAUGCUAAUUAAGCUGCUUCAAAACUGAAUGGCGAAAACCAUAAUUGCCUUUUGUUUGUUUUGCAAAAUAUACCUCAUUUUUGAGCCAUUAAUGUAUAUUAGUUUGACAUGCAUUGUAUUCUAGCCACAACAAUAAUAACUCUAGUAUCUGCUUUACGGGGAGCUGAAUGUAUUUUGCUUUUUGUACAUUUUGAACAGAGCCUAAUGACUGCAUUUAUCCUAGCAUGCUGUUGCUAUGUUCAUGGUAUUCAUUUGGAGAUGCACUUAUCUGAUUCUGUUGAGAUUUUCUGAUAAGACACUACAAACCUGGUAUGUUGGUGUUGUACUAUUCAGAUGGCAUGUAGGGUGUUGUGGGGUACUCGUCAGUCACCUAUUAUGAACAUUGCACAGAUUGUAGCAUUUAUAUUUCAGAUGACUGAAGUGUCUUCAGAGUAGCCUCCACAAUAGCUUUCCCAAAAAUGCUGUUUUGAAAAUAUAAAAACUGGUGUGCAAAACACAAAUGCAAGUAUCUAGUUUAUGCUCGAGUUAGCAUAGCAUUCUUUGGGACUGAAACCAUGCCUGUUUAAGUAACCUUUAAUCUCAUGUUAUACAUGGACAUGAGAGAAUGGCAUCCUGUUACAGCUAUAAUUCUGUAUUGAAAAACAUUCUUUUUAACGUUUUUUUUUUUUUACUCUGGCAGUGCUGAAAAGGCAAAUGUUUCUGCUUUAAUGCCAAAACAAUAAAUUUGUUGAAUGAC